AAACUCUGAAGAUGGAUUCGCAUUUUGUAGUGUAAUAAAGCAAACUGGAAGUCACAUCAGUACUAUGAAUCUGAAUACGUUACUAAAGGACUAUGAGCAAAAUCAUCUUCGGGACUCAAGUCACGUAUCAAACAAUUGCACCCUGACUCUGACUUCUUUCGACAUCAAAGAAUUACCAGGAGUAGUGCUCGGCUUCUCGUGUCUUGUUAACCUAAGUUUAGAUCACAAUGAGCUUCAUAGUCUCCCAUUGGAUAUGUGUGAUCGCCUUAUGAAUCUUCACCGCAUGUCUCUUAAUGAUAACAGGGUCGCUUCUCUUCCCCGGAAUCUUGGAAACUUGAAGAACCUGGUGGAAUUGUUAGCAAGAAAAAACUACCUUCAAGAGCUACCUAUUAGUAUUUGUCAACUUGUUCGUUUAGAGAAGCUUAAUUUGAGUUGUAAUGAAAUCAUGUGCAUCCCUGAUAAUUUCAAUUGUCUUCAAAAUCUCAGAGAACUUUAUCUUGAUGAAAAUAACCUCCAGUCUCUCCCAGACAGCUUUGGCCAUUUAAGAAAUUUAGAAGUUCUUGAAGCUAGCAAGAAUGUAAUAACUGAGUUGCCCGAGACAUUUGGUUACCUCGUUAAGCUUCGCACACUAAAAUUGAAUGAUAACAACAUCAGUGAACUUCCUAAUUCAUUCAGUUAUCUGCCAAGUCUCGAAGACUUGGACUUGUCGUAUAAUCAUCUAACGACAUUACCCGAGACACUUGCUUCGGCAGAACUAAUAGUAAAGCUGGUUCUAGACUACAAUCACAUCUGCAGUCUCCCUGUUUGGUUUAACUGCAUGACCAAUGUUGAGGAAUUGUCCACGAAAGGCAAUAACAUCAAUGGAGAUCCAUUUUUAGAUGAUUUUAGCAUCAAGUGUUCCAAAUUGAAACAUUUUGAUUUCAGUGGAAAUAACAUUGAAACUCUUCCUAGUACAUUUGGAUUUAUCAAAAAAGUGGAAUUCAUAGACAUGGGGAGUCAUCUUUUUCAAUUACAACAAAACCGAAAUCUUAAGAAUGGAAACUUACUAAAAUCUCUUCCCUCGGGUUUUGGAAAUCUUCAUCACUUGACAGAAUUACAUCUGGAUGAGAAUCAUCUUGAAUGCUUACCAGAAACCUUUGGAAAUUUGAAGAACCUUGAACUUUUGGACCUGAGUAAUAAUAUACUGACACAUCUUCCAGAUAGCUUCUGUCAUCUGGAAUCUCUGCGAAUUUGUAUGUUGUCCAUCAAUUACCUGAAGUUUAUCCCUGUGAACUUUGGACUUCUCCAGUGCUUGGAAGACUUGCGUUUAGAUAACAAUCAGCUGUUGGAGCUGCCAGAAUCCUUCAACAACCUGCAGGCUCUAAAGAGUCUUGAUCUGUACAAUAACAAACUGAUAGCUUUCCCAUUGUCUUUGUUGAACCUGACCAGUUUGAACAAAUUGGACUUGGAAAAGAAUAAUUUUGGGCUCUCUGUAAACGAAUUACCAAAUACCUCCUUCAAGGCACCCUCUGACCUAACGGCUCCACUCCUCAAACACAACUGGAAAGCAGAUGGCAUUGAAUUUGAAGCUGAAGAAAGAAGAAUGAAUGGAGAAGUUCACGAGUCACCGUAUUCCUUGAGGAGACUAGAAUCGGCUUUGGCCGUGGGAGCCUCGUUGUGGUACAGUAAUGGUCAGAAAAGGUCAAGAAUAAAAGCAACCUCUCAGGCUGUAAACUCUAGAAAGGUCAGCUUUGAAGAAUUUACUGACAGAAAUGAAAAUGAUGAAAUUUCCUCAG